UUUCUUAUUCACAGAGCAAAAAGCCAAAGAUGGACAUAGCCAAUUUUCUUCUCUUUCUCAUUGUUAUUCCUUCUUUUUCAGCUUUUCAUUCUGCAACAUCCUCAGAAGACCAAAACCCCACCAUUCAACCUCUGCUUCUUCAAGCCUGCAUUGACGUAGAAAACCAAAAUUCAUGCCUCACCAAUUUGCAAACCGAGCUUAAAAGAUUGCCAGGAGGCAAUCCAUCUUCAAUCCUGAGUGCUGCUCUUAAAACCGCUCUCAACGAAGCUAGAGCAGCAAUCCAGACGAUCACAACAAGUUUCGCUGCUUUAUCUGUCAGCUACCGCGAACAAAUCGCCAUAGAAGAUUGCAAAGAGCUCCUAGAUUUCUCAGUCUCGGAGCUGGCUUGGUCUUUAGACGAGAUGAGGAAGAUAAGAUCAGGCUCAAGUGAUGCUGACUAUGAAGGAGACUUGAAUGCUUGGCUCAGUGCUGCUCUUAGCAACCAAGACACAUGCCUCGAAGGCUUCGAAGGCACCGAUAGACAACUCGAAAGGUUCAUAAGGGGAAGCUUGAGACAAGUCACGCAGCUUAUUAGUAAUGUUUUAGGAUUGUACACUCAAAUGCAUAGUUUACCCUUUAGACCUCCAAGGGAUGUUACUACCCCAGCAACAAAUGAGAGCUCUGCAGAGUUCCCUUCAUGGAUGACAGAUGAGGAUCAAGAGCUGGUUAAAUCCAGUCCACGAGGUAUGCAUGUAAAUGCUGUUGUUGCAACCGAUGGGAGUGGUAGAUACCGCACAAUCACUGAAGCCAUCAAUGAAGCUCCAAGCUAUAGUACCAGGAGAUAUGUUAUUUACGUGAAGAAGGGAGUUUAUAGGGAGAAUGUUGACAUGAAGAGGAAAAAAACCAACAUUAUGCUUGUUGGAGAUGGUAUUGGAGAAACCGUGGUGACUGCUAAUCGAAAUUUCUUGCAAGGUUGGACUACUUUUAGAACUGCAACCGUUGCCGUAUCGGGGAAAGGAUUUAUAGCAAAGGACAUGACAUUUCGGAACACAGCAGGGCCUGAAAAGCAUCAAGGAGUGGCGCUGCGAGUCGAUUCAGACCAAUCUGCCUUCUACAGAUGUAGCAUGGAAGGCUACCAAGACACUCUCUAUGCCCACUCUCUCCGCCAAUUCUACCGCGAAUGCAACAUCUACGGUACCAUAGACUUCAUCUUCGGCAACGGUGCAGCUGUCCUCCAAAACUGCAAAAUCUUCACCAGAGUUCCACUUCCAUUGCAGAAGGUCACAAUCACUGCACAGGGUCGCAAAAGCCAGCACCAAAGUACCGGCUUUUCGAUCCUUGAUAGCUACGUUUUGGCUACCCAGCCGACGUAUCUUGGGAGACCAUGGAAGCUGUAUUCCAGGACGGUAUUCAUCAACACUUAUAUGAAUGCUCUGGUUCAACCUAGAGGUUGGCUUGAGUGGUACGGUAACUUUGCUUUGGGGACAUUAUGGUACGGUGAAUAUAGGAAUUAUGGACCCGGUGCAUCAUUGUCGGGUCGGGUCAGGUGGCCCGGUUACCAUAUCAUUCGGGACUUUGCCACUGCGAAUUUCUUCUCCGUCCGACGGUUUAUCGACGGAAUGGCUUGGUUGCCGGCAACCGGUAUCAAGUUUACUGCAGAGUUAAAAUAAUUAGUUAAAUUUAUGGUUGUAUAGAUUACAUAAUUAUACGUUGAUUUUUUUUUUUUUUGAAUUAUAAUACGUUGAUUUGUAAGUUAUGGUCAUUAUAUACAAAUAUAUGGCUUUUGAUGAAUACUUCAUUAUUUUUA